AUGAAACUCUCCCCGGUACCUCGACGAGUGAUCGGCGUUCGAAAGGCGACCAGAAUCUAUCUGCACGGCUUCAGUGAUGCGUCAGAGCGAGCCAUGGGUGCGUGCGUCUACAUUCGAGCUGCUAACGAAGGAGGAAACACAUCAUCACAUCUGCUGUGCGCAAAAUCUAAAUUGGCGCCUAUCGGAAAUGGACGGACUACGUUACCUCGCCUGGAACUGUGUGCGGCGGUGAUUUUGGCCCGCCUGAUGGCGAGCGUUAUCACGGCAAUCUCAACCCCUUUCAUCGAAAUACGAGCUUAUUCGGACUCCACAGUGGCACUAGCAUGGAUUUAUGGCGGUGCGUCGAGAUGGAAGACGUUUGUUGCCAACCGCGUGGCUGAAAUCACCACAUUACUUCCGGCAAUCAACUGGCAACACGGGGACACCAACAACAAUCCUGCAGACUUGAUCUCGCGCGGUGCUCUACCAGCGCAAAUUAUUAACAAUUCUCUCUGGUGGCACGGACCAUGCUGGACAAGCACAACCAGUGACCACGUAUCAUCACAAGUCCUUCCCGCGCUCGAUGUGACUCUGCAGAGACAAGUAGAGAGAGAACAACGUUCAAUUGCCGUAGCAUGUAUAGCUACGUAUGAUAAUGACUUCCUCGACGCGAUGUUAUCUCGGUACUACCCAAAUCUUCAGCUUCUUAUACGCAUCACGGCCCGGAUGUUACGUUUCAGUCAUCGAGAAUUUAGAACGACGAAUCGUUUAACGCCAAAGGAAAUAGACAACGCAAUGAGAGUGGUGGGCGGUAGACUGCAGCUGUCAGAACUCAACUACGAGUCGAAGCAUCCGAUCCUGCUGCCUAGCCACUCAACUCUCACCGCGCUUAUUCUCCAUCAUGAGCAUCGCGAGCAACUUCACUGUGGUCCGCAAUCGUUACUAGCGGCGGUGCGACGGCGCUUUUGGAUUAUUCCUGGUACGAGUGCAGCCCGGAAGACGUGUCGAGCCUGCGUCGAAUGUGUUCGUGCAAGACCAGUUCCAUUGCACCAGAUGAUGGGUCAACUACUGGAUCGCCUACCGGAUCGCCUGAAACCGAAUCCGCCUUUCUCCAUCACCGGCAUUGAUUAUGCUGGACCGAUCAGUAUCGUCAGUCGUCGAACACGUGGCGCUGUAUCGAGCAAAGGAUACAUCGCACUGUUCAUCUGUUUUUCGACACGAGCUGUACACUACCAAUCUACGAGGAGCAGCAGCCUAAUUCCGUGA